AUGGAGAUGAAAAUAUUUUUUUAUAGAGCAGAUUUAAAAUCAUUUGAGAAAGCUGAAACACAAAAGGGCGGUCUUGCCGCUUUCAGCGUGGGACUCAAGAGCGGAUAUGGUACUCCAGACCAUUUGUUUGACAAUCUCGAAAGAAACUUACAUAAAGUGCAAUCCAUAAAUUCAUCAUCAGAGAUAACUCCGUUUCGCUUCGCAAGUAUUUUUGAUUACACGAGUACAUUUCUAUCAUUUUAUUUUUACGAUGGCUCACUAGAUUAUCCUCCAUGCUCGGAAUCUGUAUCUUGGUUCAUAGUGGAUUAUGUUGAUGCUAUUACUGAUAACCUGAUACGUGGAUUCAGAAAUAUAAAGUUGGCCGAGGGAGACGUGUCGAAUGUUAGACCUCCACAGGCACUAAACAAACGUCAAGUUAAGAAUGUGUUUGUUCAUGAUGGGAAGAAGUGA